AAUGCAAUGGAACCUGCUAUCCUGGUUACGCAUUUUCUAAUGGAAUAACCUCGAUGACGCUAACUUGCUCCUUUACUUCCGGAAAAUGGUCUCCUCGUAGCGUCUUUCCUCCGUGCUACGAGAUAGGCAAUACUCCUAAUAAUGAUAACGAAGAGAAACUCGACAAUGAAGAUACUAGAAAUCCAAAUCCUCCUCCGAUUUGCGAAAAUCCGCCUCCGCCCAACAAUGGAAAUGUAUUUUGCAACCCUAAACCGGAUAUGAAAGUUUGUAAAGCCUACUGUUCUCCAGGAUAUCAUUUUCCGGAUGGUUCCACCGAAAUGAUGACAGAAUGUUUUACUCACAGUAAUAAAUGGAUUCCUUACAACAAGUUUCCUUCUUGUACCGGUGCAGGCAAGUUUUUUUUUAUUUAUUUUUAA